UCGCCUUUUGUGUAUCCCUUCAGAGUGUUGCCUGGAUUUCCCUCUCUGACACAGACCGUACUACAAAGAGCCAAGAAAAGGGGCCAGAAAAGGCAGCUCAGGAGAAUCAAACAGGGGAGGGGAUUUUUUUUUUAAAGCAGGUUUUAUGAGGAUCCUGGGCCUGAAAAAGGGAAGAAGCACACGUUCACUGCUCACAGAAGGCCAUGGCCAGAAAGGUCACACGUUCCAUAGAGUACGGUGGAAUAACCCUUCCUGCCCUUGUGCACAGUGAAGACAGCAUUCAAUACGCCCACCAGAGCUUCCGGGUUCGAGACAGUGAUGUCUUCAACCUCACGUACCCCAAAUCUGGAACAACCUGGAUGCAAGAAAUCCUCACCCUGAUCCACAGUGAUGGGGACCCUACACUGUCCCGGUCGAUACCUUCCUGGGAGCGUGUUCCUUGGCUUGAACAGAACACAGCAGCUAAAUACCUGGAGGACCGGCCCUGCCCCCGUCUUAUAAGCUCUCAUUUGCCACCAUCCAUCUUUCCAGAAUCUUUCUUCACCUCACAGGCCAAGGCCAUUUAUACCAUCCGUGACCCAAGAGAUGUCUGUGUAUCACUCUAUUAUUAUGCCAAGAUGUCAUCGUUUCUGGACUACAAGGAGGAUUUUGGAGAAUUCCUAGAGAUGUUUUCUGCAGGAAAAAUUCUCUUUGGCACUUGGUUUGAUCAUGUCAAGAGCUGGUUGGCUUACAAAGAACGGACAAACUUUCUCCUUCUAACCUAUGAUGAAUUACUGAAGGACCUACAGGGCAGUGUUCGUCGCAUCUGUCAAUUCCUAGGCAAGGACUUAGACGCAUCUGCUGUUGAUUCUGUUGUGAAAAACGCUUCCUUUGAAUCAAUGAAGGGCAACAAGAUGGUGAAUUAUAGCCUUGUUCCUAAUGAUGUGAUGAACCAAAGUAUUAGCCCCUUUCUCAGAAAAGGGAUUUCUGGGGACUGGAGAAAUCAUUUCACCUCAGAGCAAACUGCUGCAUUCCAGUGUUUAUACCAGGAAAAGAUGAAAGAUGUGGAGAUCAAAUUUCCCUGGGAUGAACUCCAAAGAAAAAUCUACUGGGAAUCUUAAUAUUUUGGAGAGGGAAGUGUUUGUGCUUAAGGUUCUGUUUUACAUCACACACCAGUUUUUGCUUGGAGGACCAUAUGACUUCAACCCAAUAGUCCCUGAUCCUUUCUCCAACAAUGUUGGAAUCCCAGAUAUCAAUACAGGUUCAUUGAGGACCACUAGUAGAAGCUCUGAACUCACAAGCCACAUGGCCACUUUGUACAAUCAGUAGAAUGAUUUGGGAAGACUUUAUAUCAGGAUCUGGUAAUGAUGCUGCUGAUGUUCUAGGUUUACAUGUUGCCUUGCCACACUCACAAAACUGUCUGCCUGCAUGCAGAAAAUACAAAUUUUCAACCCUGUCAGGGAGAAAGCAUUGGUUUAGUUGUCCCCUUUACAUCCUAGUUUUCUUCAUGCAAGGAGCUCACCACAGAAUGCAUGGAAGGUAAUAAUGUUUUCUAACUCUUCUUUUGUGGAUGUAAAAAAAAUGUCUCCAUUGGCAACUGGUUUCAAAAUCUUUCCUCCCAAACAAAUAAAUAAAAUAGAAAUAGCUCUCCUGGCUGUCCAGCAGAUGGUGCAAUUGUUUUAGAUGUAACAAAGGGCAACACAGACUUGAACUAUUGUACUAAAAUAAUGGAAAAUUAUUUUAAAACUAGUUUUAAUUGUCAUGGCUCCCCCAAAGAUACAGGGGAUGCAUCCUCAAUAAAACUGAAUAUUUUGUGUUGGCUCUAAAUUUAAUUUCAAUAUCCUUAAGUAUGAUUUAAUAUGGGAACAAGUAGACUUAUUUUUUUCAGACUACAAGUUCAAAACAUUAGUCCAAAAAUGUAACAUUUGCAAACUCUGUCUGCAUUUGGAAGGAACUUGCUAUCUGGGAAUAUCCUUGGAAAUCAAAUCUUUUCCCUCAUAGUCACAGACCUCUGUGCAUGUGUGUGAGAGAGAAAGAACUGUAACCAUUAAAACAGUUUGCCUUUUAAUAAUUUAGACUUACCCUAAUCGUGCAAACACAUCAAUGCCAAUU